AUGUUGCGGUACGAGAUGGUUUUACCGCCAAAGCUGCUUUUUGUUCGGGCGUUCAUGCUGCUUUUCUUAGUUUUUCAUAACGUAAAUGCACAAAACUACGAAGGUCGCCGACUGAAACCAUGUGAGCUGGAAACAUUGCUAAGAGAUCUAACUUAUCCCGAAGAAGGUUACGAAAUGCAUGCUGUGGCACUUCGUAAUCAGUUACGACAUAUUUUGGAGCGUGAUCCUUCUGAAAACUAUCAGAAUCUCGAUGACAGUUCGGAAGUAGGCAAUGGUCCGUAUGAAGACAAGCGGUCGUAUCGCUCACUUCUGCGAGAUGGAGCCGUCUUUGGUAAACGAAAUGUGGGAGCACUAGCACGGGCCGGAUUACUGCGAAAUCAACCGGAAUACCUCAAACGUAGCUUGGCAACACUAGCCAAAAAUGGGCAGCUACCGUCGCGUGACACAGAAUCCGAGGAUACAACACCUGAUGGCGAAUGGAAUGAAGAUAAGCGUAAUGUAGCAUCAGCGUUGAAGGCAGGUUAUAUGUUGAACGGAAAACGUACCAUUGCUUCGUUGGCCAGAAAGUAUGAAUUGCCUGGCAAGCGAAACAUUCAAUCGUUGCUACGUACUGGAAUGCUUCCGUCAAUUGCACCGAAACGUAACAUACAGUCACUCGCUCGAGAAAAUGCACUCGCAGGAUACGGAAAUGUUGAUAAACGAAACAUUCAGACACUAGUACGCGAUUGGAGUUUACCGAAACAACAUAACAAGCUUUCCGAGGGCGGCAGCUCAACAGGUGAUAACGAGAAACGCAACAUUCAAUCAUUGAAGAAUGCGCAAGGAAAUGGACGUAAAAAGCGAUCAUUGUACUAUGACGAAUUGGAAGAAAGCAGUCCUGAAGUUUUGGAACCUGUUUUCCAAACCGCUCCACUGGACUACGAGGAACUCAUGGAAGCAAUGGUGCAAACAUAUCCUCUCUACAGCACCGACAAUCACCUUGAGGAAAAACGAUUUCUAGGCCUCAGAAGAAGCGAAGACAUCGCCAAUUAUGGAGAUGACAGAACGGAUGCGGAUCUGCUGUUGCGAAGCACGCCACUCGUAAAGCGUCACAUUGCCUCGAUAGUGCGGUCCGGCUGGACACCAUCGUUCCGGCCGUCGCGUGGAAAUCGCUUCAGUCGGGCCGGCAGGGCGAGGUCGAAUUUUACUCCCGACCCGAGCCACUACGACAGCCAACCAGCGGCGUAUGUAGACAAUGCAUUCAUGGAUUCAGAGGCACCGUUAGUUGGGGAGCUCCAGGGUUACAAUCCUCGUGGGGUGCUGCGCCGCCCCGAGUUGCCGCGCUACACUGGCGAGGCCUUCGCGAAUCACCCGUACGUGCACGAAGAGUUCAGUGAACGUGUAAAUCCUUUCUUCGCGGAUGAGGAAUACCGUUGCGCCAACCGUCUCCGUAAGUUACUCUAUUAUCUGAAGAAACAGUAUUAUCUUGACAAUAAAUACAUCCAAGCAACUUAUGGUAGAAAUUCGGCUUAUUUUAAGUAAACUGUGAGCAAAGUACGGUUAGCGAAAAGGAAAGCAAAGAAAACACAAUUCCAAUUUUCUAAAAACAUGUAAGAAGUACUGCGAAAUGUGUUUUGUCUUUGUUUUUCAUUGAUAACACGUUUUUCCUAAUCCACCAAACAGUUAAAGUUUAAUUAUUUAACAUUUUCUGAAAUAUGGCUCAUUAGAAGAAAUUGCAGCAAAUGUCCUAUUUUCCAUCUAUAUCUAAAUCAUUUUAGAGAGAAUACAAUUCAAGUCUGGUUGGAACAAAACAAGUUAAAAACUGAAGCACACUAAAGAAGUAAUAUCUAAUACUUUCAUAUCUAUUCACUCAUAUCAAAUCGAUGAAAUGAUUAAUAAUAUAAUCCAGAUGGUAGUGAAAGUCUUGAAAUCAGUACUAUAAAUUAUACAAGAAAUUUCUGAACUAAAUCCUCUUGUAUAAUCUACAUUUUUUGGUGGCACGUGGAAGUCUAAUGUAAGAUUUUGAAUUAUAGACAUGAAUACAAAUCAUAUUCUCCUCCGUCUGAAUAAGAAGGAAACAUAAGGUGUGAGAAUAGUGUGAAAUCAAUAGCGUUUUGCAAAUACCAUCAUAAACGGAGAACAGUAGUACCGAGAUUCUAUCGAUUUUACAUCGGUUCUUCAUUUAUGAUGGUAGUUUCAUAAGUAUCAUCUAAUUAGGCUGAAGUUUAUUUGAAUUCCGAGCAGGAAUACAGUGAAAAGAAUACAAAAAAGUGUAGACCAAAAUGUCAUUCAAAACAAGUUCAAUUAAACGCAAAGCAAACUAUAUGUAACAUCGUAAAUGGUUUCAACAUCUGGCACAAUAUUCUCUGCUCGGUAGAUCGUACAUUAGCAGCAAGAUCUAAAUAGCCUAAUCUGCAACACAGCGGGAAACGGUAGCAAAAUGGUUUAAACAUCAGAGAGGCUUUGAAGAAUAAGUUAUUUAGACACUGCUAAUAACGACUACUGGCAAUUCUACAAUAAUCUAUGAGCUACUCGGAAUUCAAUGCAAACACAGUGACAAAUAACAAAAAGAAUGCGUAUAAUUUCAACCGUUAUAGGCAUUUUUCAAUCCCAUUUAAAUUUCAUUCAGUUCGAUGUUUAUUGUUAAUGCACUACUGUUACUGCAAGCGCUGUGUUGAAGAAAAAAAAUUAUUCCAGGAGACUAGUAAAAUUAAUUACUUUUUAGAUUCAUAUAAUUUUUUUGUUUGACUUACCGAUGUCCUUAAACCAACCAAGGUCAGUUUUUUUACUUGCUACUCUUGACAGUAUUAAAACGUAUAAAUAGCAUAAAUUUACAAAUCGCAAUGCUUUGUUCCAAUUGAGCUAUAUAAUUUUGUUAAAUUCUAUGAAAGCUUCAAGUCGAAAGGAGGUAAAAAUGAAUAACUAUUGUGAGUACGACAAUUGAAAACAAUGUUGUGAUUGUUGUAUUAAAAUUAACCUUUACCCAUGCAGAGUAAUCACUACAUAAACAAAAUCAAAGCGACAAUAAUUACAGCAAACAUGUGUUCGUAAGCGAGUGCAAACGUAACAUGAGGUAAAGCAUUCUACUAAAACAUAUUUUAGAUAACUUAAUCGGCAAUCAACAAAUGGACAAUAAUGUUUAGUUUACGGUAAAAGAGAAAGGAAAAUAAAUAACGACACUACAUCGUAAAACCUCAGAGAUAUUCACUCGCUUUACAGAUUUGUUUGCAUUCGCAUAUUUGUAGCUUCCAACCAUUACUGUUUUCUGUACCACUAAUCUUGUGAGUAACGUAAUUUAGUGGAAUCGACAAUAUUAUGACAAAAACAAAAGUCAAUACUGAAGGCUGAAAGUAAAUCAAUGUUGGAUGUGCAAUGAGUGUAAACAAAAGUGUACUAUAUCUACGAGGGACAAUAAACUCAUAACAAUACAAUAACGACAACUAAUAUUGAAGUAAAAUGAGCGAGCAUUAACACAAAACAUAGAUAGCGUUACGAUGGUAUGCAGUGCAAACGAGACAAUAAUUUAUAACACAUAAAGAAAAGCAUGCACAAAUCCAUGCGAACAUGUUAGUGUUACAUACAUACAGCGUUUAUACUUGAAUGUCAAAUCCAGUAACUUUGUAUGAUGCAUAUUCACAAAAAAUCCAAUGUCCCAAGGAGCGAACAAAUAAACCAAAAAACAGCAUUCAAAUGCACUAGCAGAGCUAACGCAACAGAAAGAAUACAAAAUAUUCUUCAUCUAGUGUCUAGAAGUCAGGGGCGAAAUGUGGAUGAAAUCACAAUACCCGUUUGUCGUCAAGAUAUUCAAAAGGAGGAGUUGAUUAUGUUGGGAAAAAGUGUAGAUUACAAAACGCUUUCAAAUAAAUGAGGACUACACAUAGUGACAUCAGUGAAGGAACCAUGUACUAUUAGCAUACAUAUUCUUAUACAUAUAUACACAUUAUAUACAUACAUUGAAAAGAAACAAACAAAUAUAUUUAUCAGACUCUUCCUCCCUUAUUAUAUGUGCUAAGGAAACCCCGAAUAAAAAUUACAAUAACAACAUGUAAGAAGAAAUAAGACAAUGAAAUAAAGGUGCAUAACAGCAGUCACAGUAAUGUGCGC